AUGGUGCGCCACUUUCUUACGUUCUUUGCGGGCGUCCGCUACCUUUUGACGGUGGCCACCUUCUCGUGGAACGGGUACGACCUGUGGUACCGCGUUGCGUACUUUGGCGCGAUCAUCAGCUACGGCGUGGUGAUCUACAAGAGCUUUGGCGUGCCGCGCACGGAUAAGGCAUAUGUGCAGCGUGCGCUCAUGGACGAGAAUGUCCAGUACCUGGUGAUUGCUAUUUACUGGUGCUACAUCAAGCCGAUUUCGAUCACCCUGAUUCCCUACAUCACCUUCUCGCUUUUCCAUCUCCUGACCUUUACGCGCACGACGAUCCUUCCUGCGACGCAGGGCUCGGAGACGUCAAGCAGCAGCGGCCUGUCCAAGACCAUCCAGACCUGGGUGAAGGACAACUACGACCGCGCGAUGCGCUUCGUGUCCUACGCCGAGGUGGUCAUCUUUGUGCGCGUGCUCGUUGGCGCCAUCCUCUUCCGCAACUCGCUGCUUGCACCCUUGCUCUACGCGCACUUUUUGCGCCUGCGCUUCUACAUGAGCAGCUUCACGCGCGCCGCUUUCCAGCACGUCCGCUCCGAGCUGGACUCUUUGACACAGAACCCCUCGUGCCCGCCCGUGGUGCGCAAGGGCUAUCUGAUGCUUACGGACCUUGUGACGCGCUACGCGAGCACGGUCCUCAGCAUCAACAAGGACCAGCCCGCGACGCGCCCGACGCCGCAGUCGAGCACGCCGGCCGACCCGACGAAGGUCAAGACCCGCUAA